AAAGUAAAUACCAGCAAUUCACCAUCGUCGGCCGAGCCUAUUGAUAUUGGUCGUAUUGAUAACGACCAUGUACCUCUGUGUUCAGUUAAUGAUGUUCAAUUGCGAUUUCUGGUACCAGACGAUUUAACAGAGGUACGGACAUUAUGUCAAGAUUGGUUUCCCAUCGAUUAUCCUCUAUCCUGGUACGAGGAUAUAACUUCCAGUUCAAGAUUUUUCUCGUUAGCAGCUGUAUAUAAUUUAGCAAUUAUUGGUUUAAUUGUAGCCGAAAUAAAACCCUAUAGAAAUCUUAAUAAGGAGGAUAAAGGCAUUUUACCGGAUAGUAUGGGUAAAACAGCCGAUAUUGGUUAUAUAUUAUCAUUAGGUGUACAUCGAAAACAUCGCCGUAAUGGUAUAGGUUCAUUACUAUUAGAUGCUCUUAUAAAUCAUUUGACAACAGCCGAGCGACAGUCGGUUAAGGCAAUUUUUUUACAUGUGUUAACCACAAAUCAACCUGCCAUAUUAUUCUAUGAAAAACGAAGAUUUAACCUGCACUCUUUUCUGCCUUAUUACUAUCAUAUAAGAGGUAAAGGUCAAAGAGAUGGUUUCACUUAUGUAACCUAUAUAAAUGGAGGCCAUCAACCCUGGACACUAUUAGAUCAUAUUAAGCAUUAUGCUUCCAAACUACGAAGAACUGGUGAAGUAUUUAAAUGGUUUUCAUCACGUAUAAGACAAGUGAUACGAUGGAUAUGUCAUAAAACAGUAUCACGAUUUAAUUUUGCCCACUAAACUACAUACAACAAAGUAAGAAACAAACAAACAUUUAUUAAAACAAAUUUAAGCAAUAAAACUAAAUGAAAACGUUUAAAUAACAUUAAUUAAUAACCUAAAUGUAAAUGUAAAAAAGAAAUUAUUUAAAACUAACAAACAAAUGUAAUAAAUAACAACAAAAAAACAUCAAUGGCAAAAUAACUUUUUAAUUAAUAACUAAAUGUAUAUGUUAAACUGCAUAAGUACGUACAAUUUUUGAUUUAAUCAAUUAAACGUACCUAAUUUAAAAGUGGAAAAAAUAACUAAAAAGGACUUUUGCUAAAACAAUUAAUAAAAAACUUAACAUUUUUCCAAACAAGCCAAAUUUUUUUCUCAAAAUAUUUAAUAUUUAAAAAAAAAAACUUAAAUUAUUUAAGUCAAACUUUAAUUUUUCAAAAAUUUCUUUACUUAGUUGUUAACUCAAAAGUCCCUUAAUAGUAUAACUACUUUCGACUAGUAUAAUUUUAUAGUUAUAAUGCAAAAAUGAUAAAGAAAUUUUAUUUUAAGUACGAAAUAAUUCAAUUCUACAAAACAACUAAAAAAAAUCCGACAAGAAUACAUAAAUUAUUCAAUUUAUUUAUUUAUACAUUACUACAUAAAUAUAAAGUUUAGUUUUAAUUUUUAAACUGUGGUUUUAGUUAAUGUUACAUUUAAUUAUCCACAUUGUAUUUUCAUAACAUGUUGUUAAUUCUAUUACCUCUCUUAAUAUAUCAGUAUACAAUUACAUACAUACAUAAAACAUAAACAUAUGCAACAAAAAAGUCUAGCUACCAAAUAAUUAAAUAAAUUUAUUAGUUUCGUUUU